AUGUCAAAAGUAUUUAGGACAAUAAGAAUAAAACCUCUCUCCAGCUUAAUCAAGCGUUAUCGAAGCCAGAUUCAAAGCAAUUCCGACGAUUGGAAAAUCAAGUUUAAGAAAUUUAUGUUCAAUUCGUCUGGAUUUAAUAAAUACGGACUUUAUAUGCAUGAUUUGUUCGAUGACAAGGAACCAGUGAUAGGAGAGGCAUUGCGUCGACAACCAAAAGAGCUGCUGGAUGGGAGAAAUUUCCGAUGUAUGCGGGCAUCUCAAUUGGACUUCCUGAAGAUACAUCUGCCGAAAGAAAAAUGGAUCACAUAUGAACAGGAUAUAGAAUAUCGAUACUUGGAUCCAUUUAUAGAAGAAAUCAUGGCAGAGAGAAUGGAAAUUUAUAAAUUUGGCUGCACUAAUUAUUCUGAUAUAGAUUGGCCUUAUUUUGAAAUAAAAUAG